CCGGGUAAAGUUUCAGCCUCCGCACGUGACUCGCCAUGGCCGCUGCCGUCGCCCCGCGCCCCUGAGCCGCGGCCCCCGGGACGGCUCCUCUCUCGGGACCCCACACCCCUGACGUCGAGCAGCAUCGAGGCACAAGGCCAGGGCAAGGCGUCGCGCCCGCGGGCGCCCGGGACAGAUUGCGCUCCCUUGCUGCGAGCAUCACAGGACAUGCCCCCCCGAGCCGCCUCGACGGGGCCCGUCUAGGAGUGGCUUCCCUUUCGGCGCCCUGAGGGCCAGCUCUGGACCUUCCCAGGAAAGUGCCAGCCCACAGAACUGCUUGAGCAAAGGACCAACUCCAGGGACGCCCCUCAACCCACCCGGCCCCCAGCUCGGGUGGGGGCUCCAGGUGGCCGAGAUUAGCCUGCUGGCCUUCGACAGCAGCUCUGGGACAGAAAGGGGGGGUGGGCUGACCACCCAAGCCCCCUCUGGGCCUGGGCCCCAUGCCCCGGGGAGGGGCGGCCUGAAGCCCGCCAGAGCUCGCUGCCGGACUGUCUGCCUGUCCUUCUGUGGCUGCUUGGCAUGGCCAGCAACAGCAGCUCCUGCCCGACACCUGGGGGCGGGCACCUCAAUGGAUACCCGGUGCCCCCCUACGCCUUCUUCUUCCCUCCUAUGUUGGGUGGACUCUCCCCGCCAGGCGCUCUGACCACUCUCCAGCACCAGCUUCCAGUUAGCGGCUAUAGCACACCAUCGCCAGCCACCAUAGAGACCCAGAGCAGCAGUUCGGAAGAAAUCGUGCCCAGCCCUCCCUCCCCGCCCCCCCUCCCCCGCAUCUACAAGCCUUGCUUUGUCUGUCAAGACAAAUCCUCAGGUUACCACUAUGGGGUCAGCGCCUGUGAGGGCUGCAAGGGCUUCUUCCGCCGCAGCAUCCAGAAGAACAUGGUGUACACCUGUCACCGGGACAAGAACUGCAUCAUCAACAAGGUGACCCGGAACCGCUGCCAGUACUGCCGGCUGCAGAAGUGCUUCGAAGUGGGCAUGUCCAAGGAGUCGGUGAGGAACGACCGAAACAAGAAGAAGAAGGAGGUGCCGAAGCCUGAGUGCUCCGAGAGCUACACGCUGACGCCGGAGGUGGGGGAGCUCAUUGAGAAGGUGCGCAAGGCGCAUCAGGAAACCUUUCCUGCCCUCUGCCAGCUGGGCAAAUACACUACGAACAACAGCUCAGAACAACGUGUCUCUCUGGACAUUGACCUCUGGGACAAGUUCAGUGAACUCUCCACCAAAUGCAUCAUUAAGACUGUGGAAUUCGCCAAGCAGCUGCCUGGCUUCACCACCCUCACCAUUGCCGACCAGAUCACCCUCCUCAAGGCUGCCUGCCUGGACAUCCUGAUCCUGCGGAUCUGCACGCGGUACACACCUGAGCAGGACACCAUGACCUUCUCGGACGGGCUGACCCUGAACCGGACCCAGAUGCACAACGCUGGCUUCGGCCCCCUCACCGACCUGGUCUUCGCCUUCGCCAACCAGCUGCUGCCCCUGGAGAUGGAUGAUGCGGAGACGGGGCUGCUCAGCGCCAUCUGCCUCAUCUGUGGAGACCGGCAGGACCUAGAGCAGCCAGACAGGGUGGACAUGCUGCAGGAGCCGCUGCUUGAGGCGCUGAAGGUCUACGUGCGGAAGCGGAGGCCCAGCCGCCCCCACAUGUUCCCCAAGAUGCUGAUGAAGAUCACUGACCUGCGAAGCAUCAGUGCCAAGGGGGCUGAGCGGGUGAUCACGCUGAAGAUGGAGAUCCCGGGCUCCAUGCCACCUCUCAUCCAGGAGAUGCUGGAGAACUCCGAGGGCCUGGACACUCUGAGUGGACAGUCGGGGGGCGGGGGGCGGGAUGGGGGUGGCCUGGCCCCCCCACCAGGCAGCUGUAGCCCCAGCCUCAGCCCCAGCUCAAACAGAAGCAGCCCGGCCACCCACUCUCCGUGACUGCCCGCGGCCCGUGGACACAGUCCUCGCUCCCACGCCCCGCCUUUUCUCUGCCUUUUUACCAACCGUGGGGCCCCCUCUAGCCCUGUCCCCCACCUGUCCUCCCAGACAGAACCGGGGACCUUCCCCUGAGGACAGGAGGGAGGAGGCGGUGGCUCUUCGGACAGAGGCACAGGCCCGCGACGGACUGCCCUCUCCUGAGCCUGGGCUGGCGUUGGGGGGCAAAAGGCUGUGAACUGCGUGAGGACUCCUGGACCUGGGCCUUGGGCUGGGGGGCGCCUGGCAGCCUCAUGUUCAUCAAGACGUCCCCCUGCCCACUUCACCACAUCUUCAUCACCAGCAAAUGCCAGGACCUGGCUCCCCCAUCCUCAGAACUCGCAAGCCAUUGCUCCCCAAUUGGGGAACCUCUCCCUCCUGCCUUGGUUGGUGACAGAGGGGGCGGGCCAGGGGUGGGGGGGGUCCCCCUGUACAUACCCUGCCAUACCAACCCCCAGGUAUUAAUUCUCGCUGGUUUUGUUUUUAUUUUAAUUUUUUUUUUUUUUUUGGUUUUGAUUUUUUUUAAUAAGAAUUUUCAUUUUAAGCACAUUUAUACCGAAGGAAUCUGUGCUGUGUAUUUGGGGGGGAGCUGGAUCCAUAGUUGGAGUGGGGGAGGGCAGAUCCUGGGGAAGGGAUGGGACUCAGAAGGGGCUCCCCCUCUCCCUCCAUGUCCCUGUACCCCCCUCGCCUUCCUCCCCAGCCUUUUUCUCCUCAGUUUUCUCUUUAAAACUGUGAAAUACUAACUUUCCGAGGCCUGCCCUCCCCUCCUUUGUGCUGUGGAAGCAGCCAUCCCCCCCCCCUCCCUCUGCGUACCCCCUGGAUGUGGACAGUUUCCAGCAGCCCCGAGAGGGAGGAGGCUUGGGCCUUUGGCACCUGCCCCGCUAGCCCUGAGGGAAGGGGGGACGGGGCUGGGGGCCCCUGGAGCACACCCACCAGCUUUCUCAGUCCUCCUCGGACAGAGCUGCCUCCCCAACAGGACCUGUUCACCUAAGCCCCCAGACCCCACUGUGAAGGGGCUGGCCAAAGGGUCUGAGCUGCCCCUGUCCCCGGCCUCACAGCCACCAGCACCCCUACAGGGCCCCCAGACACGUGUGCGCACACAUAGACACACACACACACACACACACACACACACACACACACUGAGGACAGACGGGCACUGGCGUGAGUCCCUCCACCCCCUGGCCCCCACUUCCCCCGCCUGCCCCACGCUCAUGCCCCCUACUUGCCCCUCAGGGCGGGCCCACAGGGGUCCCCUCCCCUCACCCCUGCACCCCUGGGCUGGGGCGCUGGCGAUGCCCUGCCUUUCUUGCCCUGGGGCAGGGGCCUCAUCCCACGGAGGCCGCUGUGCACCUGUUACUGUUGGACUUUCCACUGAGAUCUACUGGAUAAAGAAUAAAGUUAUAUUUAUUCUA